AUGAAGUAAUAAGCAGUGCGCCGUGCACCAUCCAUAAGGGCAACACAAUGGAUGCGGGGCAUGUAAUGCUGGGGAAAGUACAGUACUCAUUCCGUGCUCCCCGAUUAGCUGUAACUGCCCAUGACUUCGCUUUUGGCAGGCUGUUGGGACUGGGAUCCUACUCAAAGGUGGUGGAGGCUACAAUGAAGUCAACUGGAGAGAAGUACGCAUUGAAAGUUAUGGAUAAACAACACAUUCUAAAGGAGCGGAAGGGUCAGUACAUUAAGCGCGAACGGCUGAUCCUAGACCAGCUUGACCAUCCGGGUGUCGUAAAACUCUGCUUUACAUUUCAAGACGAGCAUUCCCUUUCUAAGAAAAUCUGUGUUCUCAUGGAAGGAUUUCUUGCAUUUGGUACCAGAGCGUGGUUUCCUGAGUAGCACACCUACAUUGGGAAAUCAAGAUGGAUGGUGCAA